CUUUAUUUCUUGUGUCUCACUUCCUUGUACACGAGACACAAGGUGAUCUGAGGUGGGAAUCUUACACGUCCUCUUACAUGCGCAAAUUGCGGCGAUAUAAGUAAAGGGAUGUUCUGUGAGAGCAUACUAUGGAGAAUGACCUACUCACAAGACUGGGAGAGCGGAGACACACUGUCCGUCCUCCCCGAUCUCUGGCAGCAUAGGAGGAUGCCUGCAGAGAUGCUGGCUCCCUCUAGCUUUCCAUCACAGCCUUCCAGUACCCGCACGCGUGCAGAGUCGUCCCCGGAAAUGAGGAGGCGUGGUCCCGGAGGCUGUAAUGGACAGUGGCCCUCAAGGAAGGAUUGGCACUGGACCCCAGUCCAGGCAGAUGCUGCUCCACUGUGGAGAAACUUCUCCUCUGGUGUAGACAUCCCUAGUCCAGUCAAAUCUGCUGGAGAGGCGUUCCUGGUGCCCUCGUCCUGUCAGAGCAUCUGCGAGAACUACAGUGAUCUGCACAUCGGUGGUGAUCAAGUACUUCCUCUCAGUGCCAGCACAGGUGACCUGGCAGCGGGAGGUAGCAUUGAUCUGGCUGACGGCCCCUUCCUUCAGUCAUGCGAGAUCCCCCCGGCGCUGGAAUCCUCACCCCAACCCUCGCUGGAGUACCCCCCGCGACCUCUACAGCGCUCCUCCGCCUUAAGGAAGAGUAGCACCAAAGAACGCAGCCUCCUGCUGCAGGGCAGCCAGCCCCUCUCCAACUCGCAGCUGAACCGCUACCUGGAGCAGAAACUGCUGGACUUGUACCAGCAGCACAUGGUGGAGAGCAUGGUCCGGGGCAGCUCGCCCACCACAAUCCUGGCCUCUCAGCAUGUCCUCACCAGCGUGGACCAGAUCACCCAACAGCUGUCUCGCGAACAGAACCUGGAGACGGCAAAGGCCAAGGACAUGGUUCUCAGCUGUCUGCUGAGGGUGGCCAGUGGUCUAGUGUCCAGUGAGAUCAGUACACCGCAGCUGCAGAUCUCUGCAGAUGCUGGAGUGAUGUAAUGGGCGGCACAGCUCUGGUGCUCCUGGGUCAAGGGGCAAUCCUGCUUCCCUCUCAGAUAGAUCCACCUUGGGUUUUUUUUGCAGGGUGAAUCACCUGAAGCUCACUGCCAAGUAAAAAUGUAUUUUGACAUUAGUGGGUGAUCUGCCCGCCGUGACUACAGUUCUGAACCCUGAAAAUAAGCAGGGGAACAGCUCUGAUUUAUGGGAAAAUGUAAACAGAUAUGGCAGCAGACUAUAAAUGUGGUUUAAAUGCGAUAUUACGGAGGGCAAAGUACGCCUGGAAAAAAGGGAGGCCCUGAAGAAGUGGAACACAUGGCUAGAUUGUAAAAACAAUGUACUUUCCAUUUAAAGCCAAACCAAGCCUGGUUAAGUUUUGGUUCUCCUUUUGCUUCCGUGUUUCAUUUCUGUGGUGACCGCCGCUGCUCGUGUUACCUUAUUUUCUCAGCUCUUUUUUAAGGGGUUAUCGGAAGGUUUAAUGAAAAUGACAUUUUUCAUUUACCAUGGUUUUAAUUGCUACUUUCCUAAUUCUAUAAUAACUAGGAGUCUGGAAGGACAGUAAUGAGAAAUAACAUUAAUCAAUGAAUAAGUACAAUCACCCUCAGCAGUCCUCCCCUCCUUAGGUGCAGAAAAUAAAUCUUUCAGUUCUUUCAUCUUUCACUUCCUAAUUGUAAAAAUACAUUCUAUAAUCCCCCUUUAAUGACGGAAACUGUUAGCCCACAUAACAUCUGUCAGCUAACUCAUUUUCUAGAUGGGCACCCAUACCACCACACUGCCGAAUGCUUAUUAUUAAUUAUAAUUUUUAUCAUUUUGAAUUUUUAAUCAAUUAAACUUUUUCGUGAAUAUGAAUAACACUCUUUUGCAAAUAUCGUGUUUUAUUUUGUUAUCUGAGUGAGGAGAAAUUGCAGUUUUGAAUAAACCGUAGUUUCGUCAGUUCCAGUUUUGCAAAUACGGAAGUGUAAACUGUGCUGUCACUUUGAAUAAACAGGAUAUAGAUACAGAAAGAG